AUGUUCAAGAGAACACCAGCUCACGAAGACUAUCCUACAACCGAGGUCUACAGCGGACCUGUUGAUGAAACCAGGCGCCAGGACGAAGUUGAUGGCCUACCUCUCGAACACCACGUUUCUGUGUACCAUUCUGGUCGCAGUGACAUUGAGGAGCUCAAGCAUGCCGAACCAGUGCCAGAGCCAGCCAAAGAAAAGACCGACAAGAUCGGCAAGAUCGUUGGCAUGUUCAAGAGAACACCAGCUCACGAAGACUAUCCUACAACCGAGGUCUACAGCGGACCUGUUGAUGAAACCAGGCGUCAAGGUGAAGUCGAUGGCCUACCUCUCGAACACCACGUUUCUGUGUACCAUUCUGGUCGCAGUGACAUUGAGGAGCCCAAGCAUGCCGAGCCAGUGCCAGAACCAGCCAAAGAAAAGACCGAUACCAUUGGAAAAAUCGUUGGCAUGUUCAAGAGAACACCAGCUCACGAAGACUAUCCUACAACCGAGGUCUACAGCGGACCUGUUGAUGAAACCAGGCGUCAAGGUGAAGUCGAUGGCCUACCUCUCGAACACCACGUUUCUGUGUACCAUUCUGGUCGCAGUGACAUUGAGGAGCCCAAGCAUGCCGAACCAGUGCCAGAACCAGCCAAAGAAAAGACCAAUACCAUUGGAAAAAUCGUUGGCAUGUUCAAGAGAACACCAGCUCACGAAGACUAUCCUGCAACCGAGGUCUACAGCGGACCAGUUGAUGAAACCAGGCGUCAAGGUGAAGUCGAUGGCCUACCUCUCGAACACCACGUUUCUGUGUACCAUUCUGGUCGCAGUGACAUUGAGGAGCUCAAGCAUGCCGAACCAGUGCCAGAGCCAGCCAAAGAAAAGACCGACAAGAUCGGCAAGAUCGUUGGCAUGUUCAAGAGAACACCAGCUCACGAAGACUAUCCUACAACCGAGGUCUACAGCGGACCUGUUGAUGAAGCCAGGCGCCAGGACGAAGUUGAUGGCCUACCUCUCGAACACCACGUUUCUGUGUACCAUUCUGGUCGCAGUGACAUUGAGGAGCCCAAGCAUGCCGAGCCAGUGCCAGAACCAGCCAAAGAAAAGACCGAUACCAUUGGAAAAAUCGUUGGCAUGUUCAAGAGAACACCAGCUCACGAAGACUAUCCUACAACCGAGGUCUACAGCGGACCUGUUGAUGAAACCAGGCGUCAAGGUGAAGUCGAUGGCCUACCUCUCAAACACCACGUUUCUGUGUACCAUUCUGGUCGCAGUGACAUUGAGGAGCCCAAGCAUGCCGAGCCAGUGCCAGAACCAGCCAAAGAAAAGACCGAUACCAUUGGAAAAAUCGUUGGCAUGUUCAAGAGAACACCAGCUCACGAAGACUAUCCUACAACCGAGGUCUACAGCGGACCUGUUGAUGAAACCAGGCGUCAAGGUGAAGUCGAUGGCCUACCUCUCGAACACCACGUUUCUGUGUACCAUUCUGGUCGCAGUGACAUUGAGGAGCCCAACCAUGCCGAGCCUGUGCCAGAACCAGCCAAAGAAAAGACCGACAAGAUCGGCAAGAUCGUUGGCAUGUUCAAGAGAACACCAGCUCACGAAGACUAUCCUACAACCGAGGUCUACAGCGGACCAGUUGAUGAAACCAGGCGUCAAGGUGAAGUCGAUGGCCUACCUCUCGAACACCACGUUUCUGUGUACCAUUCUGGUCGCAGUGACAUUGAGGAGCUCAAGCAUGCCGAACCAGUGCCAGAGCCAGCCAAAGAAAAGACCGAUACCAUUGGAAAAAUCGUUGGCAUGUUCAAGAGAACACCAGCUCACGAAGACUAUCCUACAACCGAGGUCUACAGCGGACCUGUUGAUGAAACCAGGCGUCAAGGUGAAGUCGAUGGCCUACCUCUCGAACACCACGUUUCUGUGUACCAUUCUGGUCGCAGUGACAUUGAGGAGCUCAAGCAUGCCGAACCAGUGCCAGAGCCAGCCAAAGAAAAGACCGACAAGAUCGGCAAGAUCGUUGGCAUGUUCAAGAGAACACCAGCUCACGAAGACUAUCCUACAACCGAGGUCUACAGCGGACCUGUUGAUGAAACCAGGCGCCAGGACGAAGUUGAUGGCCUACCUCUCGAACACCACGUUUCUGUGUACCAUUCUGGUCGCAGUGACAUUGAGGAGCUCAAGCAUGCCGAACCAGUGCCAGAGCCAGCCAAAGAAAAGACCGACAAGAUCGGCAAGAUCGUUGGCAUGUUCAAGAGAACACCAGCUCACGAAGACUAUCCUACAACCGAGGUCUACAGCGGACCUGUUGAUGAAACCAGGCGUCAAGGUGAAGUCGAUGGCCUACCUCUCGAACACCACAUUUCUGUGUACCAUUCUGGUCGCAGUGACAUUGAGGAGCCCAAGCAUGCCGAGCCAGUGCCAGAACCAGCCAAAGAAAAGACCGAUACCAUUGGAAAAAUCGUUGGCAUGUUCAAGAGAACACCAGCUCACGAAGACUAUCCUACAACCGAGGUCUACAGCGGACCUGUUGAUGAAACCAGGCGUCAAGGUGAAGUCGAUGGCCUACCUCUCGAACACCACGUUUCUGUGUACCAUUCUGGUCGCAGUGACAUUGAGGAGCCCAAGCAUGCCGAACCAGUGCCAGAACCAGCCAAAGAAAAGACCAAUACCAUUGGAAAAAUCGUUGGCAUGUUCAAGAGAACACCAGCUCACGAAGACUAUCCUGCAACCGAGGUCUACAGCGGACCAGUUGAUGAAACCAGGCGUCAAGGUGAAGUCGAUGGCCUACCUCUCGAACACCACGUUUCUGUGUACCAUUCUGGUCGCAGUGACAUUGAGGAGCUCAAGCAUGCCGAACCAGUGCCAGAGCCAGCCAAAGAAAAGACCGACAAGAUCGGCAAGAUCGUUGGCAUGUUCAAGAGAACACCAGCUCACGAAGACUAUCCUACAACCGAGGUCUACAGCGGACCUGUUGAUGAAGCCAGGCGCCAGGACGAAGUUGAUGGCCUACCUCUCGAACACCACGUUUCUGUGUACCAUUCUGGUCGCAGUGACAUUGAGGAGCCCAAGCAUGCCGAGCCAGUGCCAGAACCAGCCAAAGAAAAGACCGAUACCAUUGGAAAAAUCGUUGGCAUGUUCAAGAGAACACCAGCUCACGAAGACUAUCCUACAACCGAGGUCUACAGCGGACCUGUUGAUGAAACCAGGCGUCAAGGUGAAGUCGAUGGCCUACCUCUCAAACACCACGUUUCUGUGUACCAUUCUGGUCGCAGUGACAUUGAGGAGCCCAAGCAUGCCGAGCCAGUGCCAGAACCAGCCAAAGAAAAGACCGAUACCAUUGGAAAAAUCGUUGGCAUGUUCAAGAGAACACCAGCUCACGAAGACUAUCCUACAACCGAGGUCUACAGCGGACCUGUUGAUGAAACCAGGCGUCAAGGUGAAGUCGAUGGCCUACCUCUCGAACACCACGUUUCUGUGUACCAUUCUGGUCGCAGUGACAUUGAGGAGCCCAAGCAUGCCGAGCCAGUGCCAGAACCAGCCAAAGAAAAGACCGAUACCAUUGGAAAAAUCGUUGGCAUGUUCAAGAGAACACCAGCUCACGAAGACUAUCCUACAACCGAGGUCUACAGCGGACCUGUUGAUGAAACCAGGCGUCAAGGUGAAGUCGAUGGCCUACCUCUCGAACACCACGUCUCUGUGUACCAUUCUGGUCGCAGUGACAUUGAGGAGCUCAAGCAUGCCGAACCAGUGCCAGAGCCAGCCAAAGAAAAGACCGACAAGAUCGGCAAGAUCGUUGGCAUGUUCAAGAGAACACCAGCUCACGAAGACUAUCCUACAACCGAGGUCUACAGCGGACCUGUUGAUGAAACCAGGCGCCAGGACGAACUUGAUGGCCUACCUCUCGAACACCACGUUUCUGUGUACCAUUCUGGUCGCAGUGACAUUGAGGAGCCCAAGCAUGCCGAGCCAGUGCCAGAACCAGCCAAAGAAAAGACCGAUACCAUUGGAAAAAUCGUUGGCAUGUUCAAGAGAACACCAGCUCACGAAGACUAUCCUACAACCGAGGUCUACAGCGGACCUGUUGAUGAAACCAGGCGUCAAGGUGAAGUCGAUGGCCUACCUCUCGAACACCACGUUUCUGUGUUCCAUUCUGGUCGCAGUGACAUUGAGGAGCCCAAACAUCUCUCUGUAAGAAACGAGUUUCCAAAACCGACACCAAGGUUGGUUUUCCAUACAGAUGAAUUAGUCGGGGGCGAAUACAGUGUUUCCACUGAAAAGGAAUAUGUAUCUGAGAAGGUAUGGAAAUCAAAAAUCACAGGAUGGGAACGCGAUGAGCUGAAUUUACGGUAUCAUGAGGCCCCUCUAAAAUCCUUACGAAAAGAAAAGGAAAUGCGGCAAUAUCCAGUAGAUGUCUUUGUCGCUACCGGAGCAAAGAGGGAAUUCAUAACCGACGGAAAUACAGUAAGGCUAGUCCUGGACGAAAAGAAUGGUACCAAAGACAAAACGCAUACAGUUGUUCUCGGCCCACAGUCAUCAACGCGAACAGAGUGGAGGGAAGAUGGUCGCGUUAUCAUUGACCAUACGACCGCUGUCAGUCCAAUCAGGAAAUCGCGGUACAGAGUUGACUCGAACUUAGAAUCACUACCCCCAAGGAGAGAACUCUCGAUGCCAUCUUAUCUGGAGGUAAACGAAGCGAAGUACAAGCAUGGAGGCGACAGUUUCUACAGGACCUCCUAUGGUAGUAAAUACUUGUCAACCGGACGUUCACUGUCGGAAUCGAGACGGGUAACUGGAUGGACUACAAUUACUGAAAAAACAACGAUCUCGUAUACGAGAAAAGUAGUUAUGGAAAGGGAGUACAGGAAUAAACACCAAAAGUAUACAGAGGAUGUUAUUGUUUACAAUUAUGGUUCGCCGGUAGGUGACUGCACUACCUUCUCGCCGAGGGCUAAUUCUCCAAUACGACAAUCUACUCCAAAUAGCAGAAGGUACAUGCCGAGACAUGCCGAUGUGGAACGCCGUUAUAAAACAUACCGAAGUCGGUCCCAAGGUCCACUUCAGUCUGACAGAUGGAUUCAAACAGAUCCCUCCGGGUACUCAAACUGUAAUUUAAGAUCGUCAAGAAGUGCGUCAAAACACACUUACAAGUCAUACAGAUCUAAUCUAUACGACCGCGAAUCGAUUUUACGCGGUUAUUAUCCCGAAAGAAGUUGGACUGAUUACAUCGAAUUUCACGACGUUCAUCGUGAUGGAAACCCCGGACCUAGCAUAAGAUACACCCAAUUCGACGAAGUCCCAAUCGUCCGACUCCUGGACGAACUGUCCUACAUUGGCGACGAAAAGCAUGAUUUGGAAGUGUUCCCCGCGACCACUCCACGUGUUGUCCCAUUGGAAACCCGACUUCUUGAACCUGGCCAUCACCGCCGGUCGCGCGCCGAUGCGCCUUUAAGACGAACCCGACAUCGAAUCAGAAAUUAUUGUGCCAUGUUGUAA